AUGGCGGACGAUCACACAGAUGCAGAUCAGGCCAUGGAAACACACACUCCGGUGUCGGAGGCCCCAGACUUCCUGUCGGACUCUCUUCGUGCUGUGGACGGAGACAAAGGGACAGAGAAGAAGCAGAAAGUGGAUCUACAGGCGCUGCCGACCCGGGCCUACCUGGACCAGACCGUGGUCCCCAUCCUCCUGCAGGGCCUGUCUGUGCUGGCCAAGGAGAGGUGA